AGACGGUGUACACUACAGUUAACAACUUAUUGUCUGUCGUCCGACCGACUGUCGGGCGCAGGAUAUUCGGUUGUCGGGUGCGAUCGGAUCGGGCUUUAAAUUUUGAAGUCUUCCAUACGUCGGGUCAUAGAAAUGUUCUGUAAUAUUAUGUUCUAUGGUCGGGUGCCUCACAAAUUUACACCCACCCGAAAUGAGUGCAGAAUUAUACACAAUCAAGACUGUUGACACCGUUGGGUUGGUCGCACUGCGUUUUCGCUCAUUGACGAAAAAGUCUGGAUCGAUCGUGUUCACUGUUCCAUUUUUUAUUAAUAAUAAUAAUUUUCACUCUUUUAAUUUUUUCUAUUAUUAUUAUUUUUUUUUACCGUAAUUUUAAUUACAUUUUCGGACUGUUUAUCGACACCUUAUCUCUUUGUGUGUGUGUGAGUGUUUGUGUGUGUAUGUGUUUUUUACCGUGUCUCUGCCCGUAGUCCGUACGUAUGCAGCGUAUAAUAUCACAUAUUCGCAUUAUCGAAAACGGAUGACGAAUCGGUUUUCAACGGAAUCGGCCGUCCGGUAAUAUAUAAUAAUAAUAAUAACAACACCGAAUAAAAAUUAAAAAAAAUGGUAUAGUAAAACGCCGUCCGAAACACUGACACCGACGAAGAAGUCGUCUGCCUCCGCUGUCGUUAUCUAACUUGCACGUUAUCGAUUUCAAGAGACGACUAUGACGAGGAAAAUAAAGAGUUUGUGUCUGCUUUGGAGAACAUUGUCGCAGAUUAGGUACCUAUUGCAUUCAAAUUUUAUACCAUUAAUAAUUACAGGUAUUUCUCAAUUCUAUCAAUAUCUUCACUCAAUACAUUUCUUCGGCAAAAUGCUAAUAUUUGAUUCCUUUCGAUAUUAUUAAGAUUCUAUAUUAUGUAUAAAAUAUUCAUUAUACAUUAAUAUCCCAAAAAUAUAUUGAUAAUAUACAAUUUAAAAAUGCCGGCAAUUCCAAGGCCAGGAAGCUUAAAAGAUCCUGAAAUAGCUGAACUUUUUGAUAAAGAUGACCCAGAUAAAAUAUUUGAAGACUUAAGAGAAAUUGGUCAUGGAAGUUUUGGUGCUGUAUAUUAUGCAAGAUGUUCAGCAACCAAAGAGAUAGUUGCCAUAAAAAAAAUGUCCUACUUAGGAAAACAAAGUAUGGAUAAAUGGCAAGACAUUUUAAAAGAAAUAAGGUUUUUACGGCAUCUCAAACAUCCAAACACAAUACAAUACAAGGGUUGUUUUUUAAGAGAUCACACAGCAUGGUUGGUGAUGGAAUAUUGUCUGGGUUCAGCCUCAGAUAUUAUAGAAGUACACAAAAGACCUCUGAUGGAGGAAGAAAUUGCUGCUAUUUGUGAUGGGGUUUUGAGAGGUCUUCAUUAUCUUCAUUCUUUAGGUCGUAUACAUCGAGAUGUAAAAGCUGGAAACAUCUUACUAACAGAAAAUGGCACAGUAAAACUUGCUGAUUUUGGAUCUGCCAGUACAAAAUGCCCAGCUAACAGUUUUGUUGGUACUCCUUACUGGAUGGCACCUGAAGUUAUAUUGGCGAUGGACGAAGGGCAAUAUGAUGGAAAAGUUGAUGUUUGGUCACUGGGUAUAACAUGCAUUGAAUUAGCUGAAAGAAAGCCUCCAUAUUUUAACAUGAAUGCAAUGAGUGCCCUUUAUCAUAUUGCACAGAAUGAUACUCCUACCUUACAAUCAUCUGAAUGGACAGACACAUUCCGGUACUUUGUUGAACUGUGUUUACAAAAAAAUCCUUGUGAGCGCCCAUCUUCAUCUAAACUUUUACAACAUCAAUUAAUAACUCGUUCAAGAUCAUCUAAUGUUUUAAUUGAUCUUAUACAAAGAACAAAAGCUGCCGUCCGUGAUUUAGAUAAUCUCAAUUAUAGAAAAAUGAAAAAAAUUCUUAUGGUUGAUUCGUAUGAAACUGAGAGUAAUGUUGGUGACAAUGAUGAUAAUGCUGAUGAACACACAGGCGGAGAAAGCAGCAAGAGUAAUAGUAUAACUUCAGAACAUUCAAUACAGUCAAUUGGUGUCAGCGCUUCAUCGCACAGUAGUUCUACCAAUAGUACGCCGAAUAUGAAUGAAAUAACUAAUAUGAGCACAAACGACCACUAUCCAACAGCUAGAAAUCGUCACAAACCAUCUAGUAAUAAUUCUAAUUCUAUUGUAUCCAAUGAUCAUGUGGCUAUCGGAGUUCCCAAUAAUUUUGCAACUAUUCGAACAACAUCUAUAGUCACAAAACAACAGAAAGAACAUAUGCAGGAAGAAAUGCAUGAACAAAUGUCUGGCUAUAAACGAAUGAGAAGAGAACACCAGAGUGCAUUAUUAAAACUUGAAGAUAGAUGUAAACUCGAAAUGGAAAGUCAUAAACAGCUCUUGGAUAAAGAAUAUGAAACUUUAUUGCAACAAUUUAGCAAGGAACUAGAAAAAUUACAAAUUAAACAUCAGCAAGAGUUAGAAAAGAAGAUGAAACAGAAUGUCGCAGCUGAAAAGAAAAUAAUGAAAGAAAUAACCAACAGACAAGAAGCAGACAGAAAAGCAUUUGAUACUCAAAGAAAAAAAGAUUAUAAAACCAAUAAAGAGCGAUGGAAACGUGAGUUAUUAUUGGAUGAAUCCACACCUAAGCGACAAAAAGAUGCUGCUUUACAAUCUCAAAAAGAAAACCUUAAACAAAUGGAAGCUCAAGAAGAACACAGACUUAUUCGAGGUCAAAAAGAUUAUUUGGAACUUGAAAUUAGGAAAUUUCGUAGAAAAAGGCUAAAUCAAUACCAUUUGUAUGAACAAGGAUUAUUAAGAGAAGAACUUGGGAAAAGACAACAACAGUUGGAAACUGCUCAUUCUAUGUUAUUAAGACAUCAUGAAGAUACUAGAAACCUUGAAACAAGACAACAAAGAGCUGUUCAUGCUUUACGCGCUGAUCAAGUAACCAGACAACAUGAAACUGAAUUACAGCACCAACAUGAUUAUUGUGCUCGUUCCCAUCGUGAUUUACGGAAGAGACAUGCAAUGCAGCUACGGCAACAACCUAAAAGUCUCAAACAUAAAGAAAUGCAAAUUAGAAAACAGUUUAGAGAAACGUGUAAAACUCAAACACGACAGUACAAAGUAUUAAAAGCCCAAGUACUGGCAACUACAACCAAAGAAGAACAAAAAACUGUGAUUAAAAAAUUAAAAGAAGAACAACGAAGAAAAUUAGCAUUGCUCGGAGAACAAUAUGAACAAAGUAUUUCUGAAAUGUUACAAAAACAAUCUAUACGACUCGACGAAUCACAAGAAGUUGAGUGCCAUGUGCUUAAAGAACGUUUAAGAUAUGAACUUGAAAUAUUAAUUGCAUAUCAAUCAAAGAAUAAGAUGCAAGCAGAUGCUCAAAGAAAUCGUGAGAAAAAAGAAUUAGAGGAUCGUAUCUCAGUUCGAAGAUCAUUACUAGAGCAAAAGAUGGAAAUGGAAACGAAACAAUUUCUACAAGAGCGUGGGGAACGUAUUCGUCUUCUCCGUGAAAAACAAGAGAGAGAACUAGAACAGUUUGAUGAAGAGUCAGCCCGUUUGGGUUUUAGUGCCUUAGCAAUUGCCGAAGCAUCGAGUCUUGAACAGGAUAGUUUGUCUGGCAGUGUGCUUAGCCUAGCGCGUAGCAACAGUACUAACUCAUUUCAUGACGGAAAUCUAUAGCCCCACAUGUUUCUAUAUCUGUAAAUAAUUUUACUAUCUACCCUUUCUAACAGCUUUUAAAUAUUUACACAUAUCAGAUAGUAGACAAAUUUCUUAUUUAAAUUUGAUUCUACUUAAAUAUUUUUAUUUUAUUCAGUAUUAGAAAGCUUAAUUAACGGAUUGAAAUUAACAUAUUUUUUUCUUGAAAACAAAUUAAUAAUAAUAGCAUUGUAUAAUACCAUAACAUUUUAUUUCUAUAAUUAUUAUAAUUGCCUACUGUAAUCCCAUUAUACAUUUUGUAGACACUAUUUCCUUUUGUAAUUAAAUAACGAAAAAUGUGAACAAAAUGAUUUACUUUAUAUAUAUAUAUAUAUUAUUAUUAUUAUUAUUAUUAUUAUUAUUACUACUGUAACAUUUUUAUUAUGUACAUAUAUCUAUUAUAGUAAGUUGAAAAUAUUUAAAUGUAUGUGUUGAAUGUAUUUGAUUUUUUUUGUUCUUGUGGAUAAUUUGAUUUUUUAAAUUAAAAGUUUACAUUGCUUUUAAAGAACAUAAUAAAUUAUACAAUGAUUCUGA